AUGUCCGCGUCCGCAGGCGCAAGCAUGGACUCAGAUGCGCCUGCCCGCGGUUCUGAUGAUCCUGCGACCCCCGAAACCAUUGAACAGCGAACGCCCUCACCGUCGCGCGACAGCCCGGCCGAUCCGUACACCACGCAGUUGCGCCUCAUCCUCCAGCCAUGGAUCGUCCACUUCAAGUCGCCGGGCUACAUCAAGCAUGACAUGAUGGCCAUGCUACAAGAUAUCUGCAAGAAGACUUUGCGCCGCACCAUAAAAGAGCCAGAGGUGCGUCGGGCGAUUGGCGCCAACGCAAGCUUGUGGCGCGACCUUUGCGAGCUGCUCGAGAAUGCCGUGCCCUCGCUGGAGCAGCGCUCUUUUGCGCCCGCAGAUCCGCAAGCGCCGGAGUUCGAGGGAGCUUCCGGCACCUUGAUUGCUGCCAAUUAUUCGAGCCUCAUGAGAGACCUUGAGCGUCUUAACGACCUUGUUUCAAUUGCGCGCAAUGUUCUCACGACCGGAGAGGUCGCCCAGGACCUUGCAGCCAAAGCGCAAUUUGACCAAGAAAUAUUUAAGCUCAUCAGCGUCUGCGUGAAGGUGACCGCUCGUGGGUUUGACGGCGAUGCGGGCACAACAGACGAGCACAAGUGGCAAGAGGUUGUCAACAUGUACAAAAAGCUCCUCAUUACUUGCCUCCAGUUCCUUAACAAUCUCGUGGCCCGAAACGAACGCCGAAAGCUCAUGCUCUGGGUUGAGCUGUUUGACAGCUCCCGCGACACCACCCUUCCACAAACCGAAGAGCUUGCUUCCCUCUCCCUUGCCACCGCACCGAAGCCGGGUGGUGCAUUUGGCGAAGAUCUUGCCUCGUUCAACCCCGGAACCCACCAGCCUGCGUCAUCGCCGUUUCUACUAUACAUUGGAAAGGUUGGGAUGGAGGUCAAGCGUGAGCUGGUGGCCCGAGGGGAGAAGUCAGGCGCAACGGAAAUUGCGGCCGAGUGCAAGAAGCGAUGGCAGGAGAUGCCGCAAGAAGCCCGUGACGCAAUAACCUUGGUACAGGAAUGGCAUACUCUCUACAACGAUCUGAUCGCAAAGUACCGCCACGACGUUAACUUGCUCAGGUCGGUGAAGCUGCCGCCUGAACCCAAGGCUAUCGACCCGAAUGCCACCCAGGAAGAAAAUGUCGCUGCUCUUGCUGCCAGCAUCAACCAGCUGCAGAUGGAAGUGGAGCGCAUGAAGAAAGCCAUGCUCACACCCUCCUCAAAGACUCCUACCGCCCCCUCCGUCCAGCCUCAGGUAUCUGCAAGUGAACUCUUGAAGAACUACCCCAACACGCCUUCGCGAGCAGACUUGCAAGAUCUCAAGAUGCCCCUCGGCGCCGAGCCUCAAGACCCUCCGCCGGCCACCGAGGCUGACUUUCGCAUGACUUACAACGCUGCCUAUGGCGCCGAUAUCCUGCAGAACGGCAAGGAUGAUCUCAUGAAACGUCUCGAGACAUUUCCUGAGCGUGUGCCACCUCAGAAUGCUGCCGAGGUCUCUCCGUCAUCUCCAGUCAUGUCUCCGGCAUCUCCGAACGCUACUGAGCCUGCCGAGGACAUCGGGGACGAGGUCAGCGAGGAGGAAGACAGCGAGGAUGAGGACUACGUUGUCCCUGGAGAUGAUGGACGUGGCUUGUUGACUGACGUGCCGCUGAUUCUGGGCCCUUCGGAAAUCGAGGUUCUGCCUAUGAUUAUCAUGUCCGGUAUCGUUCCGCCAGCCGAAGGCGCUCCUGGCUACGGUACAACGGCGGAGGAGAUUGCGGCCAUCAAAAAUAUGCACACAGUUCGUUGCCAUCUUCUGCUCGCUCAGGACAAUGGAAGGAACUUACUGCGUGAGCUUCUCAUUUUCGUCGCUGCAUGGGACUUGCGCGAAGAAGAGCUGUAUUUCAAAUUCAUGGUCAAAAUCAUGGAGGCUAUUCUGACCAAUGGGCUGAUGCCCUUCUCCUAUCAUGCCUUUAGAGAAUCCAAGGACAUCAUCUCUCCUGCACAAGCAGUAAUCAUGAAGCUGCUGACAAACAUUUUCAAAGCUCGCCAGACUCAAGCCCAGAGUAUCAUCGGAAAAGAUGGUGUAGCAUCCUAUCCUCUCCGUGUGGAUGUGCAUAUGGUCAACUUUCUGUUCACCGAAUUCCGACGACACAUCAUUCCUCAGACGUGCGCACUCAUCUUCCUACAAGGAAAGAUCAGAGCAGGACACGCACACCCAGAAGACUUCCCUCUCAACCUGUGGGACAUGGAACGGAUGUACGAGGGCGUUUACCAGUAUCUAGAAUUCUUCGCCAUUCUCACGGAACACGACGUGUGGAAGAAAAUGAUGGCCGAUUGGGAAAUUACCAGCGAGCUCGUCACUCUUCUUAAGGAACUGGACGCCGCCAUACCCAAAGGGACACUCUUGGCACGGAAGCCCCCGGCGAUCCCGGAUCUUCGCACAUCUCAACCCCAGCAGGUCCCGCCACCAGAGACUGGAGGCACAGCUCCUGCGCCUGUUGCAGUCGAGCGUCCUUACGACAUCAACGCCCCUUCGAUCAGCUCAACCGCAGCAGCCAUACCAUCAGAACCGUACGCGCCAGCAUCCAACAGCCAGUAUGUUGAUGAGCCAGGCGAGGAACCAUCCGACUUUGAAUGGCGAAACCUCAAGAAGCUUACCGUAUUGGUGCUUACAUCACUCGUAUGGAAAUCACGGAAAGUGCAGGACCAAGUGCGGACCCACAAAGGCAUUGAGGCGAUCCUCUCAUGCUGCCAAUAUGAUGAGCACAAUCCUUACAUAAAAGAGCAUGCCAUCAUGUGCCUGAGGUUCCUUUUGGAGGGCAACAAGGAAAAUCAGGACCUGAUUCGCGAGCUGGAGCCCAAGGGCGCGGUCCCCAACGAAGUGCUCGACCAGCACGGGUACGAGACGUUUUGGGAUCAGCGGGGCCAGGUAGGCCUCCGACGCAAGGACGGCGGAGGGGGAGGAGGAGCAGCGGCGAGCGCAAAGGCCGCGGCCGCGGCUGUGCAGGCGGCCGCUGACGCCGCAGGGAUUGGGAGCAGCAGCCAGGAUGGAGAGAAGAGGAAGCCGCCACAGAUCGGGUCGGGCCGCCUGGGCGAGCCGCCCAAUCUGGACCUCCUGAUGCAGCAGGUGAUGCGUGAUCUGCCGGCGCAGGUGACGGGAGCGCGCCAGGAUGCGGAGAAGGCGGCUGCGCUCGCGAAGCUUGAUAAGACGCUCAAGGAUGGCAAGUGA